AUGUUCUCUGUGAUCUCUGGUCAUCAUCAUUGGUGGAGUGGGCUUCAGAGGAGACUGUGGCUAAAUCACAUGGUACCAGCUGGGCAGCGCUUUCAGUAUGUGCACAUAAGAGUUGGAGACCGUGCUGAGCUCAGCAGAGCCUUCACACAGCAGGAUGUGGCUACCUUCUCGAAGUUAACAGGAGAUGACAAUCCUCUGCAUUUAAGUGAAGAUUAUGCAAAACACACCAAGUUUGGAAAGACAAUUGUGCAUGGAGUUUUGAUAAGUGGACUUAUUUCUGCUCUCCUGGGUACUAAAAUGCCAGGGCCAGGCUGUGUGUUUCUUUCCCAGGAAAUUAAAUUUCCAGCCCCUUUAUAUACUGGAGAAGUGGUCUUAGCGUCUGCAGAAGUGAAGAGGCUGAAGCAGUUGGUUGCUGUUGUUGCGGUGUCCUGCUGUGUAGUAGAGAGUAAGAAGACAGUUAUGGAAGGUUGGGUUAAAGUUAUGGUCCCAGAAGCUCCUGAUGCUGAAAUGCAAAUUUAAAGUUGUAAGUUCAAACACCUGUGCUCAGUAUCAAAUGACAUGCGGACGUGGGCUGUUGCUGUAUACUCAGAAGCCAUGUGGGGAAGGGGAGCAAGCUGACAGUUUGUUUCAACGUCUACUUUUCAUACUGGCUUUAUACUUUAUCCAGGCUUAAGUAUGUACAAGAUUUCGUCACCUUUGAAGGUUUGGGUUGGUGUUUUUUUCCCCCAAUUAUAAAACAAUUGAGAGGGGCUGAAGGAAUGGCUUAUCAGUUAAGAUCACUGGCUGCUCUUCCAGAAUAUCUGGGUUUAAUUCCUGGCACUCCCAACUGCUCAUAACUCCAGAGUCGAGGGAUCCAACACCGUCUUCUGGCCUCUGCAGAAACUACAUGCACAUAGUACACAGGCAUA